AGUAUAAGAUUCCACUUUGUGUGGGACAGCACUACAGCUAUGCGAACUCAACAAAGGUUGUGAUUUUUUUAUUAGGAUGAGUAUAUGCCAUGACAGCUUUGAACUCGAUCCUCAAUUUUAAUACUUCAAUUGUACGAAGACUUCUGCAGUGGAAAGUUGGCAAUGAUGAAGAGCACUGGUCAGAAAAAGCUGUUAAGAGUUUAGUUAAAAAGUUAAAAAAAUCGGGAUCUGGAGGAUUGGAAGAACUUGAAAAGUCCAUAACUACACAAGGUCAAGGUGAACACACUAGAUGUGUAACCAUUCCUCGCAGCUUAGAUGGUAGGCUACAAGUGUCACAUCGCAAAGGUCUACCUCAUGUCAUAUAUGUUCGUUUAUGGCGCUGGCCAGACCUUCAAAGUCACCAUGAAUUGCGGGCAAUAGAUUCUUGUCAAUUUGCAUUUAAUUUGAAGCGCUCAGAGGUAUGUGUCAAUCCAUACCAUUAUCAAAGAGUGGAAACUCCAGUAAUGCCACCCAUACUUGUACCACGAAAAACUUUUGAGACAUCAGAACCAUGCUCAGAUGCUCCGCAGCCAGACGAAGUUCAUCGACCUGGUAAUGUUACAAUUCCUGAAGAUGAAAGCUUAUUAUCUCCCGUUCCAAUCGCUUCAAUUGGUGCAAAUAGCCCUUCCAAUAUUGACUCACCAUCACAAAUCCGUCAUUCCCCUCAUUCUUCAGUAUCCAGUAUUUCUUCACAGGACCAAAAACAACUUAGUCGCCAGUCCUCGUUCACACAGUCACCAGGUAAAAACAAUGCGUAUUCACAACAGCAACAAAAUAUGGUUAUGAAUUAUGGUACAAAUAGCCAACAGUCUCCUGGAGCCAUGUCAACUGGAAGUAUCAACUUAUUGUCACCAGUAUCUGGUACUUCAAGUCAAGGAUAUAUGACUGACGUGGAUAUGUCACUGCCAGGUGUGAUGAUACCGCCCAAUCUUGAAGUUGUGCCUGAAGGUUUUGAUGCUGUAAUGUAUGAAGAACCGGAAAUCUGGUGCUCCAUUUUAUACAACGAGUUACGAACGCGCAUUGGCGAAGAGUUCUCUGCAACAAAACCAGUCCUAACCGUAGACGGCUACACAGAUCCUUCAAGCGUGGAUCGGUUUUGUUUGGGACUUUUAUCAAACAUCAAUCGAACAGACCAAAUCGAAGAAUGCAGGCGAGCAAUUGGAAAGGGCGUGCGAUUAUAUUACUUCGGUGGAGAAGUGUUUGCUGAGUGUCUGAGCAAGAGCAGUAUAUUUGUGCAAAGCUCGAAUUGCAACAGGCGUUACGGCUGGCAUCCAGCUACAGUGUGUAAAAUCCCUUCUGGAUGUAAUCUAAAAAUCUUCAACAACCAAGAAUUCGCCCGAUUGUUGGCCGAUUCGGUUCACCUUGGAUUUAAUGCUGUUUAUCAAUUGAAAUCGAUGUGUAUGAUUCGAUUGAGUUUCGUUAAAGGUUGGGGAGCAGAGUAUAGAAGACAGACUGUUUUUAGUACGCCAUGUUGGAUUGAGAUUCGAUUAAGCGGACCUUUAAAAUGGCUAGAUAAAGUACUUGUUCAAAUGGACCCUUCUGUAGAUAAAGUCAGUUCAACCACAUAGACAAGAAAAUGUACUUUGAUUGGAGGUGUGUUCUUGGUCAAUCUGUUUUGCAUACCAAUUAAAAUUGUCACAAACUUGAAAGUUAUUUGCGCUGACACGAGCUUUUGUACUUAACACGUCGAUUCUUAUAAAAAACAUUUCCAGAUAAAGACAGUGGAUAUGUUAUUAUCAAAAACAACAUGGUGACUGAGUUACGCUAUUCCGGUGUUGUGCGACAGAGUACACUUGUCGCAAGUCGGCGCAAAUAACACGAUCGAGCGCCGUUUUCAAUUUGCUACUUAUGGUGUUAAAAUGUAUCAUAGUUGGGUUGUUGUUGUUUUUUUCUGUUUUGCGAUUUGGCAUACUAAUAUUGUGGGUGAUUUUUAUAAAUAUUUUAUCGCGUACAUUAAAAAAUUAUUGAAAACGUGAAGGCUGUGUGUUUAUUUUUUAAGUCGUCAAGUAAGCUAAAAGUCGUCUAAUUAUUUUGUAUCUAAAAAUAUUUUACGUAUAUUCAUUUGAAAUUAUACCCAUUCAUUUUGCGACUGUACAUAUCAUAUAUUUUUAAAAAAGCUGGUUUAGUUGUAGAACGGUUAUCUUUUUGUUUUUGUUUUUUAUAAUUUGAUCUGCCUCUUGAUUUUAUCGGAGAACUUUCUUGUUUAUUUUUGUUUUGACCAACUGUUGUAUGUUUUAUAUACAAUGUUCUUGACUUACGUAAUUGGAGCUCUUCUCUUCAUGUUUGAAAGAUUGUCAGCUGGACUUGGUUAUUUAGAUUGGUUGCAGAUGCUAGAUUACAAACGAUGCAGUUAUUAUUAUUAUUAUAUGAAUGAGCUUAGUAUAAAUUCUUUUAAACAUUUUCCAAAGGUUUUUUAUUUUAUUUUUAACCGAACAAUUAAAUCAGUAAAAGAUUCAGGGACUUCAA